GGGACUCCGAGCCCAGUCGGGGAGAGAGGAAGCCCGGAGACGCGGAUCAGGGAUUGAGGGUCCGCGACCCGGCCCCGCGCGGGCCCAGGGCGCAGCCGGCUCCCCGCCCCCAGCCGCCAGCCCCGCCGGCCCUGCGCCAUUCCGGGCGCGGCGCGAGCCCUCCCGCCGGCGGGGCGGGGCGGAGCCGGGCUGGGCUGGAGGGUGCCGAACCACCCGGCGGCUGCGCCCGCGACUCCGCAGCUGAGGCGCAUUGGUGGGGCGGUCCGGCCGAGGAGCGCGCACGGGGAGCGGGACGGAGCGCCGGGCGCACAGAAGGACGGCCGGACGCCCCCGCACACGCAGACGCACACAGCUCGGCGCGGCUCCCGACACACACACGCACACACAGACACACUCGCGCAGACACUUACAGGGACACACGCAGAUACACGCACCCUCGCGCGCGAACCUCCGCCCGCCCGCCCGCUCGCCGGCGCCUGGAGCCCGCUCUGGCCGGAAGGAGAGAGAGAACCACACUGCUGAUGACUCCGAGGGAGGGGCCCUGGACAUGUGCUGCAGUGAGAGGCUGCCGGGUCUCCCCCAGCCGGUAGUGAUGGAGGCCCUGGACCAGGCCGAAGAGCUCACGGACUCGCGGAGAGAAAUGCCACCGCCACCCCCUCCUUCAUCGCCCUCUGAGCCAGCUCAGAAGCCGCCACCUCCGGGCACCUGGAGCCACUCCCUCACGGUCAAGAGCAGCCUGUGCCUGUUGGCUGCCUCCCAGUUCCUGCUUGCCUGCGGCAUGCUCUGGCUCAGCGGCUACGGCCCCAGCUGGUUGCAGAAUGCCACACUCCUGGAACAGCUGGGACCCAGGGCCUGGCUGGGCAUUGGGACCUGGGAAGUCCCCAGUCUGCUGCUGGUCUCUCUGUCUGUGCUCCUCGUUACCAGCCUGGUGUGGCACCUCCUGAGGGCUCCCCCAGAGCCACCCACACCACUGCCCCCUGAGGACAGGCGCCAGUCUGUAAGCCGCCAGCCCUCCUUCACCUACUCGGAGUGGAUGGAAGAGAAGGUCGAAGAUGACUUCCUGGACCUGGACCCCGUCCCCGAGACUCCUGUGUUUGACUGCACAAUGGACAUCAAGCCUGAGGCCGACCCCGCCUCGCUGACCGUCAAGUCCAUGGGUCUGCAGGAGAGGAGGGGCUCCAACGUCUCCCUGACCCUGGACAUGUGCACACCCGGCUGCAACGAGGAGGGCUUCGGCUACCUCAUGUCCCCCCGCGAGGAGUCAUCCCGAGAGUACCUGCUCAGUGCCUCCCGCGUCCUGCGGGCCGAGGAGCUCCACGAGAAGGCCCUGGACCCCUUCCUGCUGCAGGCGGAAUUCUUUGAAAUCCCCAUGAACUUUGUGGAUCCGAAAGAGUAUGACAUCCCUGGGCUGGUACGGAAGAACCGGUACAAAACCAUCCUUCCCAACCCUCACAGCAGAGUGUGUCUGACUUCACCAGACCCUGACGACCCUCUGAGUUCCUACAUCAACGCCAACUACAUCCGGGGCUACGGUGGGGAGGAGAAGGUGUACAUUGCCACUCAAGGACCCAUCGUCAGCACGGUUGGUGACUUCUGGCACAUGGUGUGGCAGGAGCACACACCCAUCAUUGUCAUGAUCACCAACAUCGAGGAGAUGAACGAGAAGUGCACCGAGUAUUGGCCGGAGGAGCAGGUGGUAUAUGACGGUGUCGAGAUCACCGUGCGCAAAGUCAUUCACACUGAGGAUUACCGGCUGCGACUCAUCUCCCUGAGGAGCGGGACUGAAGAGCGAGGCCUGAAGCAUUACUGGUUUACGUCCUGGCCCGACCAGAAGACCCCAGACCGGGCCCCCCCUCCACUCCUGCACCAGGUGCAGGAGGUGGAGGAGGCUGCCCAGCAGGAGGGGCCGCACUGCGCCCCCAUCAUCGUCCACUGCAGCGCAGGGAUUGGGAGGACUGGCUGCUUCAUUGCCACCAGCAUCUGCUGCCAGCAGCUGCGGCAGGAGGGUGUGGUGGACAUCCUGAAGACCACGUGCCAGCUCCGGCAGGACAGGGGCGGCAUGAUCCAGACGUGCGAGCAGUACCAGUUUGUGCAUCAUGUCAUGAGCCUGUAUGAGAAGCAGCUGUCCCGCCAGUCCCCAGAGUGACCUCUCUGCUCCCCCCGAGGUCCUCCUGGCACCACCCAGCCUGAGUCUGGGCCCUUACCCCAGCCACGCCCCCAGGGCCCAGCCUCAGGUCCUGGCCUGCUCCCUUCCCUGCCCCUCCUGCUUCCUUCUCUCCAGCUGGCCCUGACCCCCAACAUAGCAAUUCCUACUGUAUAUAUUGGGGCAGGGUGGGGGAGGGACGUGCCAGGCCAGGCCUGGGGCUCCAGGACCCGACGCACACCACGCAGACCUGGGGCCUCAGUUUUAACGAUGGUUCCAUCGCUACUUGAUCCAAAAUGUUUGUGCUGCAUUCCAAGUGUCCUGCCACAGCGUGUUCUGUCUGUCCAUCCAUCUCUGCUGUCUGUACCGGACACUGUGUCUCCUCAGCCUAGGAUAGGGGUCAUGAGCUCCAGGCCCUAAGCAGCCCAAGCAGAGGUGCCUGGCUUGGCCCCCACCCCACUUCUCCCAACAGGCAGAUUGCAUUUUGCCCUCAGUUAUUGGGAUCAGGGUGGGGAGAAGGGCCGGAGGACCUAGAGGCCAGGCGUGGGAAGCUCCUGGGUGGGAAGAGAGAUCUCAUCUAGGGAGAAGUCUCUGGGUGCGGGGGAGGGGGGAGAGUAUCACAGCCUGGCUGGCCUCUGGGUGUCACAGGUCCUCAGGAGGCAGUGGCCAGCCUGCGAGGCAUUGGGGAGGAAGGGGACAGAUGGGGGCUGUGCACCCAGAGGACCUGGGCCCUGGUGGGGAUGGGAGGGAGAGGGGGAGCUCUGAGGGUGGGUUGGGAAAUCGCUCCAGAUCUGUGGGAAACAUUUUUCUGUGUCACCGUGGGAAGCCUUCCCAAGAGUCUUGCUGCGUGCAGCUCUGCGUGUGUUCCUGUGUCCACGCGUGUGUUGAGAGCCCAUCAGCGGGGUAUGCAUGACUCUUUGGCAACAUGUGUUAUCUUGGAGCCACGUGUUUUUAUUGCUGACUUUAAAUAUUUAUUCCACGGCAGACAGAGACAUUUGGUGUCUUUUUAUAAUUUGCUCGUGGUCAUUGAAUAGAGCAAUAAACAGAGCAUUUUGAGCAAAACUG